AUGGACGAGAAGACGCAGGAUAAAGUGGAGGCGGCGGUGCUGGAGAUCCUGCGGGGCUCCGACAUGGAGUCCCUGACGGAGUACAAGGUCCGCACCGCCGCCGCCGACCGCCUCGGCAUCGACCUCGACCUCCCCCUCCACAAGCGCUUCGUGCGACGCCUCGUGGAGGACUACCUCAAGUCCCUCGCCGAAGAAGAAGACCAGAAGCAGAAGGGCGGCUCCCGCAAGGAGGGGAAAAAGAAACAGCAGCGUCAGGAGGAGGAAGAGCAGGAAGAGGACGAGGAGAAGGAGGGGGAAGAAGAGGAGGAGGAGGAGGAGGACAAGGGAGGUGAAGGAAAGAAAGAGUUCGACGAUAAUGGAGACCUCAUCCUCUGCCGCCUGUCGAAGAACAGGAGGGUGACGCUGCAGGAGUUUAAGGGCAAAACGCUGGUGUCGAUCCGCGAGUACUACAUCAAGGACGGCAAGGAAAUGCCCACCUCCAAAGGGAUGAGUAUGACGGUCGAGCAGUGGGAGACAUUCAGCAAAUCAGUACCUGCAAUAGAAGACGCCAUCAAAACACUUGGAGAAUCAGAUUGA